CUCAACCUCGUCUAAGACUCAUUAGUGUUGCUUCAGGAACAUGACUUCGGACCAAUCAACUUUCGAACAUGGAUUGUUCUGUUUGUCCUCAACCUCGUCUAAGACGGACUUCUUCAGGGGUUUGCCCGGAUCGUACUUAGCCGAGGUGCCCAAGGCGAAUCACGAUCCCACCACUAUGGUUUCUCUUCGCAUUGAAUUUCCUUAGUCGGAUUUUGGCCCAUACAGUUAAUCCCUCCGCUUGCCGAGAUCAUCCUUUAGGUCGACCUUGAAAAGCGGACUGCGCCAGCCUGGCUUUGCGAAAUCCGAACCAGAUGCCAAGUAACGAUUAUCCUAGUCAUGAUGGGCGGUACUUAGAAGGUCGCGCCCAAUGGUGAGGGGCCAGAGUGAUGUCACCCUUGCACGCGUCAUGAUUGCAUGUUUAUCCCGAGGUGUUGCCUAGUUUCUCGCAUUUCUGUCGCUUUGAUUCUUGUGCAUUUGGCAGUUACGUUUCUCGACUUUUGUGCCGAUACUUUCUUAUUUGAAGGGGGAGGACCUCCUUAUUCAGAACUUUGUUUCUUCAAACUUUCAAAAGCGAUUCAUCUCAUUUUCUUGCAUCUUUUUCUGUUUUCUGCAACUUCUUGCAUCGUUACCGUCGCUUAUUAUAUUUUUUUUUCUUUUGUGACCAAGGAUCUUCUUUCACACACAAACACACAAAUGGCUGGUGCAUGUCUUAACUCCUAGGAAAUUUUUAGCCCAAACCCGUUAUUAGUGGCCGUACUAGUUCUGAAGUCCCCUAUUGACUAGCCCAAGCCCGUGCCGACGAAGUCCAAAAUGGGAGAGUCACACCUUUCUGAGCUCAGGACCAAGUACAACGUCCCUGCUCAUGUCGAUUUGAUUCACGCCGGGGACGAUGUGGUCCACAUCAAUCGUCCCAGGUAUUGUGCAUUUUAUGCGUACCCAUUUCGGGUGGGUUAUUCUCUUCAUCUUCCCCUGCUAGCGGAGGAGUUCUGACAUUACUACAACGUAUGCCCAGCCUAUCUCUCUCCUUACAUCUACAACUUUUUUUUAAUAUUGAUAAAGUAUGUUGAGUUGGCCGGCCGCGAACUCUUCCUCCAUCAUUUGCUGCAUCUUUUUGCUCCGAGCUUCACCGGGGCACGAUGAUACAUCUCCACCACCGGGGAGCCAAAGGACUGGUGGUAAAGAUGGAUGAUAAGGCUAAUCGAAGGAUUUGGGUCAAUUAUUUCUAUAUCAAGACCGAGCACGUGGUAGCGAACCAUACCGGGUUUCUCGAGGCGUGAAACUUCGACCGUAAAUAUUCUGUUUAAUUGGUCAUUUGCUUUUUUUCUUAAAUUACCUAAUCGCUCUUUGUGGUGAAGCCGAGAGGGAUCCUCCUGUAUUGGUCGCCGACAUCCGAGACUGGGUGGCUCAAAUUUUGCCUCACACUGUAGGGAUCCGUGAAUGGUCAUUUUUCAACAAGAAAUUUGGGCGUCCACCUUCUUCAACUGGUCGGAAAGCCCCAAAGAAAACGAAGGCUCCCACCCUCGCAUUCCGCCAAUCAGGUGCUUUGGUCAAGCCUUCAACUGCUAUGACCACGGGCGGGUUUGCACAGCCUGCCACCUCGUCCAAGAUUUCAGUUAUGCGUAGAUCUGUCCAUAGGGCGGCUACUCCAUUGGCAAGGGUUGUGGACCCAUCCUUAUUCUAUUUGGUAGAUGAGCCAUCAGACAAGGAAGAAAGUGGUCCCUUAAAGAGGCGGAGAAUUGGAACCGGAGGUGGUAUCGAGAUGGGCGAAGGCUCGAUGGGUGGUGAGCCCAAGCUCACCGUGUCUAUGCAUGAUACCGACGUUACCUCGGAUGUCGGGAUUCUGUCUCCCGAUGCUGAGAUUGUUUCCUCAUCAGUGGCUAUCACAGUCGUGCCGGCGAGUGAUCCUUCAAGCUCCGUGCCAGUUGAGAUUCCUUCUUCUACCGAUGAGGCAGAGAAGGGUGUGGCUGGCGGUGAUUUUGUAUCCGAUUCCGAUGUCGACCCCGAGGAAGAGAGGAUGUUCAAUUAGGGGCUUACCCGGGUCGAUGUGAGGACCGAUGAGACUUUUCGUUCGAUAGUGAUUCCUUUGGACUGUAACUUGAUGACCAGCACGGAAAGCGUAGUCCCUGCUCUGGUGCCCCUUUGUUCUAGUGUCGAGCAUGGGACUCUUGAGUCGUUCAAGGAUGCCGACCUAUCGUUGAGUAUAUCCAAGUUGGCUCUAUGGGUGAGUUACUUAUUUUGUUUCCCUUUUUUUACUCCUAUUGACCCUCCUCUUCUUUUCUUGCUCGCUAUCUUUCUUUGUAGACAUUUAUCUUAGAGAUUGAGAGUGCCCGCCGAGCAGAUAAGAAAAAGGUGGUCAUUAUGAUGAAGAUUGUUACCAAGUACCACCGAAUUCGUGGCAGGUACCGUGUGCUGCAUACUCGGCUCUGAACCGAGGGGGGAUAUUCAAUCUCUCAGAGAGGAGUUAAAAUAGAAAGAUGAUGAGCUCGUACGAACCAUUGGCCGAUGCAGCGAGCUCGAGAAGGCACUCAGGAUUAAGGAGGAUGAGAUUGAAGUGAAUAAGGGGGGUCGUGGCUGAGUGCGUCGACCUCCAAGCUCAGGUGGAAUCCUUGUGGGUCGAGCAUGAUUGGAAUGUGUCUAGGGCCGAUGGUUUGCGUGACGAGUUGGUUGGAAAGGCUGCGGAGAUGGAGAGAGCCGAAGGGACUAAAGCGGCAGCGUUAGCGUAGGUGGUUGAGUUGGAGGACUCUAUUUGUGCCCUUCAAUCUGAAUGGGCUAGUGAUGCUGAAGCUGCCGCACUUAAGGAGGCGAGGUCUACUGAACAAAUCAGAGGUCUUGAGAGAGAAGUUUCUACCUUGAAGGAAUAGGUCACCGUUCUUCAGGUCGAAUAGGCGAAGCUAUUGGGCCAACCGUCUUCCUCUCGUACUUCUGAUUUCCUUGAUGCUCCGUGACAUCUGUACGAGAUAUGGAUUCAUGCCGAG